AUGUUGGGGCCCCGUAACGUGAACCAGCAGCCGGUUCAGGUGGUUGCUCUCAAGCCAGAGAACCCCGGUCCGGCGUCCCAACAGACCAACGGUGUCCAGAGCCAGUACUCCAUGGACCAGAAACCAGAUCUGGAGGAACAGUUUCAGCCACGUUUGGUGAUAGAACAGCUUGUUCUCACCAACUUCAAGUCGUAUGCGGGUAGACAGGUUGUGGGGCCGUUCAAUUCGAGCUUUUCGGCGGUUGUUGGGCCCAACGGGUCGGGUAAAUCAAACGUGAUCGACUCGCUUCUUUUCGUGUUUGGGUUUCGCGCAACAAAGAUGAGACAAUCCAAGCUGAGCGAGUUGAUCCACAAUUCCGAAAACUUCCCAAACCUCAAUUUCUGUCAGGUCGAUAUCCAUUUCAAAACGGUUCUCGACAGCUACGACGAAAACGGCGAGUUACAGACAGAGGCUCUUCCGGUGGCAGAUCUGGUGGUUAGCAGAAAAGCGUACCGGACCAACUCGUCAGAGUACUACAUCAACGACAAAAAAUGCACCUACACAGAAGUCCAGACACUGUUGAAAGAUCAGGGUAUUGAUCUGGACCACAAGCGAUUUCUGAUUCUCCAAGGUGAGGUGGAAAGCAUAGCACAGAUGAAACCGAAAGCAGAAGGCCAGAGCGACGAUGGGUUGUUGGAGUAUCUGGAAGAUAUCAUUGGCACAGCAAAGUAUAAGGCCUCGAUCGAGGGCAGUCUGGUUCAGAUCGACGAGCUGAACGAGGUGUGUGUUCAGAAAGAGCACCGGUACGAGAUUGUUGAGAAAGCGAAAAACGACUUGGAAGCUGGCAAAGAAACAGCGUUGACUUUUCUGCGCAAGGAAAAAUCGCUUUCUGACAAGCAGUCUGUGUACUUGCAGUGUCGUCUGUUGAAAGACAAAGGCCUCCUUUCCGAGAAAAAAGCCAGUCUCGAGACGCUCAAACAGAAACUCACCGAGAUGAAGCACCAGAACGCAGAGCAUAUUCAACAGGUUGAGGAGGAGACAAAGAGAUACCACGAGUUAAGUUCGGAGGUUAAACAUUUGGAAAAAGAGGUGACGAACCUCAAGAAUGCGCAUAAGAAGAUCGAGAAGGAGAAAGUUUCGAUGGACGAGAAAAUCAAGCACAACGAGAAUCGCAAAAAAAAGGCUGAAAAGGCCCAGCAGACCAGCUCGUCUCAACUUCGCGAGAGCGAGUCCAAGAUCGCCGAUCUUGAAAGGAACCAGCAGGAGUACACUGCCCAAAGCGAGCAAUUGACCAGGACUCUGGAUCAGGAGAAGAAACAACUUGAAAGUAUCAAAGUGGAGGUUUCUGAGAAAACCAAGGAUCUGUCCAUGGCUGUGUCUAAAUUGCAACAGGAAAUGGAGCCUUGGAAGGACAAGAUUGGCGCAAAGCAGGCGGAGAUCGAUAUCAAGACAUCGCAGCUUGAGAUUGUCAAGAACAAGCUCCAAGAGCUGGAAACCGAAACUUCCAAUCUUGAAGGGAAAGCAGAAGAGAAGCUUGCACUUGCACAGGCAAAAAAGAAACAGAUAGCACAUUUGAAGAAAGAGAAGCUCCAUGUUGCUGAGCAGAUCAAACUGGGCGAAAAAGAGGUUAACGAGGCAAAGAAGAAGUUAGAUGCUAUGGAGUCGGAGAUCACUUCUUUGAGAGAUAGAAUGAACGAGGCAAAUGUCAGAGUCACAAACACUCAGUCGAGAAACAGGGUUUUACAAGCUCUUACGCAUCUGAAGAACUCAGGGCGUCUUACCGGGUUCCACGGCAGAUUGGGAGAUCUCGGAGUGAUCGAUGACAAGUAUGACGUUGCUGUUUCCACGGGAGGAGGUUCAUUGGACGACAUGGUGGUUGAUACUGUUGAGAUUGCACAACAGUGUAUUUCAUACAUGAGAAAGAACAACCUUGGGUUUGGAAAGUUUAUCGUUUUGGACAAGUUGCGUAAAUUCAACUUGUCCAAGAUCCAGACUCCAAAUAAUGUUCCGCGGCUGUUUGAUCUCAUCACGCCUGUUGAUCCCAAGUUUGCGCCUGCGUUCUACAGCUCCAUGUACAACACUCUGGUGAGUCGCAAUUUACAGGAAGCCAACAAGGUUGCCUUUGGAGCCAAAAGAUGGCGUGUGGUUACUCUGGAUGGUAAGCUGGUGGACACCAGUGGUACAUUAUCUGGAGGAGGAAACAGGAUGUUCAGAGGUGCGAUGAGAUUGAAGUCUGCUGCCAAGACAGGGAACGAGAUUUCCGAGACGGAGCUUAAAGCUAUGGCCGACGAGGUUCAACUGAAGGAGGACGCAUUUACGAAAGCUCAAUCUGCUUUCUACGAGAUGGAAAAUGCUCUUUCCAAUUUCCACGACAGACUUCCGGAGAUUGACAUGGAGAUCUCGAAACUGGAGCUCGAACACGAUAUGGAUCGUCAGGAAGCCGAAGCUGCAAAAGCUCGGUCGAAGGAUGUUUUGGCCAACAAGGACAAACUCGCCAAGAUGCACAAGCAGAUAGUUGAGGAGUCCACAGCGAUCGAGAAGCUCGAGUCCGAGAAGAAGAGUUUGAAGGAUCAGUCUCAGGGACUUGCAGACCAGAUUGCCGAAAUCCAGGAGAAAAUCAUGGAGGCUGGAGGAGUCAAGCUGAAAAUGCAACAAUCGAAGGUGGAAUCUGUUUUGCAAAAGCUUGAGAUUCUGAACGAGAAGGAGUCGAGCGACAGUUUACAGCUCACUAAAUUGCACAAUAUGGUCACGCGACUCAAAGGCCAGAUCUCGGAAAACUCGAUCGAGAUCCAGGAAGCAGAAAACGACAUUUCCAAGAUCAAAGAGACGUACGACUCGAGUCUGCGCAAGUUCCAGAGCUCUGAGAAAGAGCUCGAGGAGCUGACGAGCCAAUUGGAAGACGUCACCGAGAAAUGCGAACAGUCGAAGGAAGAACUCAAUGCCAAACAAUCUCAGAUAGCCGACUUGCGCAAGGAAGAGAUUAAACUUGCUAGUGAGGUUGAGAGGUGCGAGAGCAGUAUCAACAGCUACGAACGCAACAUCAAGAAGAUCACCAACGAGAUAGGAACGGCAGAGUAUCGUGAACUUGAAGGGUUGAUAGGAUGGAUGGAGGACGGCGAGGAGAAACAACAGCUGCUUGCCCCACCUCACGAGUACACUCCUGAAGAGCUGGAGAAAGUCAACCCGGAGACUCUUGAGGCCGAGAUCGAGGAGCUGGAGAAGGAGGUUGAUUCCAUGACGGUUGAUCUGGACACUUUGCACGAGUACGCCAGACGGUUCAAGGAGUUCACUGAACGGAAAGCCGACUUGAACGAGUCUGUUGUGAAACGGGACGAGUUGAAAGAAGCGUGCGAGAACCUCAAGAAGCAGAGGCUGGACGAGUUCAUGGCGGGUUUCAACCAGAUCUCGCUGACGUUGAAGCAGAUGUACCAGAUGAUCACCAUGGGAGGAAACGCGGAGCUUGAGCUUGUUGACUCUUUGGAUCCGUUUUCUGAAGGUAUUCUAUUCUCUGUGAUGCCACCAAAGAAGUCGUGGAAGAACAUCAGCAAUCUUUCUGGAGGAGAAAAGACGCUUUCUUCGUUGGCGCUGGUGUUUGCUCUCCAUCGGUACAAACCUACACCGUUAUAUGUUAUGGACGAGAUCGAUGCUGCGUUGGAUUUCAGAAACGUGAGCAUUGUUGCAAAUUAUAUCAAGGAGCGGACAAAGAACGCGCAGUUCAUUGUGAUUUCUCUGCGGAACAACAUGUUCGAGUUGGCUAAACAGCUGGUUGGUAUUUACAAAGUGAGCAACAUGACCAAGUCGAUCACUCUUCAGAACAGGGACAUUAUUUCCCAGUGA